AUGCUACCGUCGACCUCAGCUCAACGACCAACCCCCUCACAGCGAAGACAACAGAACCUCUUGGACGAGAUGACAUCUCAGAAUCAAUCUGGUUCAGUCUCGGGCCCCCAGGUCAGAAAUACAUCUGGCUCAGGUCGUUCCCGAACCACAAAUCCCGACAAACAGAUCUCCCAGAUCGAGAAGAGCGUCACCCAUCUUCUGGUCGCGACAAAACAAUUACUUGAGACAUUAACACAAUGGUCCCGCGGUCAGGCACAAGAAGAGGAGGUGUCAGAUGUCUACGUUCGUCUGGGCUACGAGUUCAAUCUCGCCUGCCGUGCUUUCAACUCCAUCGGUGUCGAAACCUCUGACCUUGGUCCUGUUCCUGACCUCCUGCGGAGCAUUCUUGAGGAUACCCUCAGUCAAGCAGCUUCGCCACAGGCCCUUGACAACUACCUACCUCGGAUUCGUGAUAUAAUCAUCAAUCUCCUACAUGGCCUCAAGAGAAAACAGAGCAGAUUACGGGGGCGAGGGACAAAGGAUGCAAUCACGGCCCCCCAAGCAAAGCCGUCGGCUACUCAGCCUAGACAAGCCAGUGUGUCGACCACUGGAAGCAAUGAGACGGGCCUGACCCAUAUGCUCGAAGACAUUCCGAGCGCCACAUCAAGUAUGCGUGCCCAAACGCCGCAGGAAACACAGCAAGCCGUUGAACAGCAACCCUUCCAGCUCCCCAAUCCUUCCGCCGCGCAACAGGCUAGUCGACCAGCAAUAAAUCGGCACUCGAUAAGACGCGAUCCCGCCGCCCCAAUUCCACUGUCUGAAGAUUCUUCUACCCUGUCGAGUACCACGGCGCACAAUAUCCCUGUCUUGCCACCAUUUCGUGACCAAGACCAAUCUUCUCCAGCACCGACUAUGCCUGCAAUUGCAUUCCCUCACCCACCUCCGCCCCCGCCGAAACAAACAGAUGCUCUCGCUAGGUUGCAACGCGGGGGUGACUUGGAGAGGAGAGCUUCAAGAAGAUUCUCUGCCUACCAAAUACAAAAACAUCUGGGUACUUCUCCUAAUGGUGUACCCAUGAUACCCUCCACUCAGAACUCCCCUAUCCCUAAUCGUGGAAAGGAAGUCCGGGAGUCUCUGACCGCGGUUCGAUCCAGAAGCUCCUACCAACAAUCGAGAUCAAAAUCCGUGAGACAUGGAGAUGUCUCUCCAAGUAGAAGUGGGACUAUUAAGACUCCCCAAAGAAUCUCAGAGGAGCGUGAGGAAACCCCGGUCUUAUCUUUGGAUGCAACGCCGCGGAUACAACCUCCGGAAGAAUCGGCGAAUCUCGACAGCCCUACUGUCAAGACACCUGACGAGUAUUUACAACCUCGGAAUCAUCAGAAUGACGGUUCUGAUCAAAUCGUGGUCGGCGCAACCGUCAAUGGACCUCUCAGUCCUGGACCGGAUGAAGUGCCCACAGCUCCUUCCCUUGACGCUCAGCUUGCCCCUCCUCAACCUCCUGAUCACAAUGAUUCUGCUGAGGCUUUGGACGAAAGCACUCCUGAAACUGUUCAACGGAAGCCAAGGGACAAUAUCACCCCCCCGCAGUCUCAAGUCCUCACAUUGGACUCAUCUCCUCCACAAGGCAAGGAGUUGACCCUAUUUUUGCAAUAUCGGACCAAGAUCAAGAAGUUUGUGCUUGCGGAUGGCUACGACGAGCUCACAAUCCCUAGACUUCAAUUGGCAUUCAUCGAGAAAUUUGCAUGGAAUAACCAACACAAUAGUGUGGACCUCCCGGAAAUUUACAUCCAGGAUCCUGUUUCUGGGGUCAGACAUGAGCUAGAGGACUUAGCAGACGUUAAGGACAGAUGUGUUCUCGUGCUGAACGUUGAAGAUCUCGAUGAGGUUAAGAAACAUAUCGAUGAAGGACUCGGGGGGCUCUCGAAAACUUUGGACGGGGUAAAGCAGUUAUUGGAAGGGCAAAGUACCUUGAUGCAAAGGUUUUCGGACCGGCAGUUGGAGACUUCCAAAGAGAUGGCCCGAAUGUCUGCAGUGCCCGGUCAACAGCCAUCACGAACACCCACUCUUGCCUCUGGUAGCUUCAAAUCGAGCGCCACAUCAGAAUCCUCUUUGCAAGAAAUUCAAAGCCUUCGCCGAGAAAUUGCCGUCUUGCGCCAGACAUACUCGUCAAUGUCGUCUGAUUUCGCCGCAUCGAUGAAUGAGAUUAAAGCCAAAGCAUCUUCGGUCAAAGCAGCCGCUACAGAUGCUGCCAAUGCUUCGUUCAAAGGUGAUGCUGGUCGUGAUCACAUCAACACCGGAAAGAAAACUCUGUCUACUGAUUCAGAGGCACUGGUCAAUCGGGUCGAUGACCUAUCUGAUGUCGUGGAAGAAUUACGCAAAGAUGUUGUGUCACGUGGGGUCAGACCUCUGCCACGUGUGCUUGAGGAUAUAAGCAAGGACAUCAGUGCCACCGCUAAACAGCUCGCUAAAGUCAAGGAAUUUGUUAGGCGCGAGAAGCCAAUUUGGACUAAGAUAUGGGAACAAGAAUUGCAAGUGGUCAUGAUGGAAAGAGAUGACUUGACCCAGCAGGAUGAAUUGAUGAAUGACUUGGACGGUGAUCUUGAAGACAUCACAAGUGUUUUCAAGUUGGUUGAGGAGGCUACCAAACAGCAAAAUCUCCAGGCUGCUGGGACUGUUGGACGUAACCCGUCCAGAAGUCUUGCUUUUGAUACUCUUGUCGAUCCCCAUGAGGCUAAGACCGGAAUGUUGGACGAAGUGAGAGCGCUACAACCGAACCAUGAAAAUCGUCUUGAGGCAAUUGAGCGAGCAGAAAAGGCCCGCCAACGGGAGCUCGAAACCCGUAAAGUAGGCGAGUUUCAGCGUGAGGUCGAGCUCUUCGUGGAAGAGGGGAAACUCAAGAAAACUGGAGGCAUGGAUGAGGUCGAACGAAGACGCAAAUUAAAAGAUGAGCAAGCCAGGAAAGAGAAUUUUGAACGCCAGGCAGCUCGUGCAGCAGAGUUGGAGAAGAAACGAGCCGAUGCUGCUGCCGCUGCUGCCGCCGCCGCGCCCAGUUCAGAGACGAAUGCCACCCCCCUAGAUCCGGAGCCCGACACUUCGCAGGAAGGCGACGUGAUGUUUCAAGAUGCAAGCGAGGAGAAAGUUUUGACCCCAGAGAACGAUGACGCUUCACCCGUUCCACCGCCGCUACCAGCAAAAGAUACACCCAAAGGCGAAGAUCCGCCCCAGCUGCCCAACAUUGGCAUUAACGGGCAGCACGGUCAAGAAGAGAAAGGUCUUGGUAUGUCAUUUUUAAAUUUAUAA